GCAUUCAAUGUCAAAAAAAUUAAUUCAUUAACUCAAAAUUGUAAAUAUACGUGAAACCCAUACAUAUUAAAAAAUGAAUAUUUUAAUAAAAUGGGGUUUAAUUUAGCGCAGAUAUGUUGUAAUCCUCCAUCAAGUCUUCUAUCAACAGUUCGUCUAGCACAACCCAAAUUUUUUUGUAACGAUAAUUUCAAUAAAUGCAGUCCUUGCCGUGUUCCGUGCUGCUGUAGAAAUUCUAUACUGACCGAUCACACAUACUCUAUACUUAAACGUAUUUGCCAUAAGAUUAUCAAAAAUUAUAACCGCCAACUUUGCCGUGAGAAGUAUACAGUAUUUGAUGGCGGUAAUAGUAUUAGUCCACGAUGGUCAGACAGGCAAUAUAGAGAAGAGGGCAGCGAGUUCAGUAAUUCUUUCAGGCAAAGGGGAUGGGACUAUUCUAAGGACUCUGUGAGGAGAGAUGAAUUCACGAAUCGUAACAAAGCAAAUAAGGGUUAUACAGAUGGUGCGGGGGAUGUAUAUGGUAACAGAGGAAAACUAUCCGGAAAGUUACAAAAGGACCAAGAUAACGGUUAUGAAGUCAAAGCAGGCAGUAGAAAAUCAAGGAAAGGAAAAAGUACUACUGAAGAUGGGCGGGAUGACGGAUCUGGAUAUUCAAGGUCUCGCAAUAAAAAAGGUGCGAAUAUUGGCGCCGAUGUAGAACAAUUACCAAAUAAGUCGAAAAAGAAGGGUGAAGGAAAAGACGAUAUAAUUACUGACAAUGCGGCAAAAGCAGAUAAGGGAAAACAAAGAAAAUCGAAAAAUCGAAAUAGAAGGGAUUCGGGAGAAGCUGAUGAAAAAGAGGGAAAAUUGAAAGGCCGCAAAGAUAAAAAAGCAGCAAAAGAAAGGGACUCGGAUGAUACUGCAGAAAAGGAGGGGAGGUCGAAAGGCCGCAAGCAAAACAAAGGUACGGUGGAAAAAGAAGAAAAGGAUCGCAUAUCGAAAAAUCGUAAGGAUGCUAGAGCUUCCGAUGCGGCGGUUAAAAAUCUUAAGGAAAAUGGGGAGAAAGGCGGAAAAUCAAAAAAAGGCAAGGCGAGGGACUCUGGGGAUACUACAGAAAAAGAUGGGAAGUCGAAAGGUCGCAGGGAUAAAAAAUCAACUUUAGGAGAAUCUGGAGUUGAAGAUGGCAAAUCUUCUAAGAAGGGAGUGGAAAAGAAGGCAAAGAAAAAUUCAGCUUCCGACGAAAUAAAUACUUCUAAGAAAGGAGUGGGGCAAGUCGCAACAGCUGGCGAAAAGUCAACGGCAGAAGCCAGUAAAUCGAAGAAGGGAGUUGCUCCGGAUGAUGCAUCCCCGGAUAAAGACAAGAAAGGCGCAAGAGGUACAGAAGCAAGUACUUCUAAGAAAGGAGCGGGACAAGUCGCAACAGCUGGGGAAAAGUCAGCGGCAGAAGCAAGUAAAUCGAAGAAGGGAGUUCCUCCGGAUGCUUCCUUGGAUAAAGACAAGAAAGGCGCAAGAGGUACGGAAGAAGUAAGUGCUUCUAAGAAAGGAGCGGGACAAGUCGCAACAGGUGGCGAAAAGUCAGCACUAGAAACAAGUAAAUCUAAGAAGGGUGCUGCCCCGUAUUCAGUGAUGGAUAACGACAAGAAAAGCGCAAUAGGAACGGAUGAGGCAUCUUCUGGGGAGAAGGGAAAGCAUAAAAAAUCUGCUGGAGGGACGGAUAAAAAGGGUGCAAAUAACAGUGGAACGAAGGACACAACUGAAGAUAAAGGAGCUAAAAAAACUGCACAAAACGAUGGCAAGGAUUCAAAGAAGGCUUCAAAAGGUGAUGAAAAGGAUGAUAGUUCAAAUGCGAAUAAGAAAUAUGGAAAACAGCAAAAACACAGCAAGGGUGACAUCAUAAAAGAUGAGGACAUUGAUCAAGAGACUGUUAAAAAAUCUACCAAAUUCGGAAAGAACAAAAUUGGAGACAAAGGCUUUUCUAGAUACAGUGACUCCGGAACUCGUCAUGCCAGUCAAUUUAGAGAUAAUUGGUCUAGGACACGCAAGGAUAUCAAGGACUCGAAGUUCAUACAAUACGAAAGACCUUCAGGCAGAGCAUUUAGGCCUACUCGAGGUGAUGAAGUUCGAACUUGUGAUAUUUUACGUGUUUACUUAGAGCAGCGCGAUCUUUCAAGAUGCUACCCCUGCCGGCAGUCCCCAUGUAACGUUUGCAGAAUCUGUCCGCCGUGUCCUACCAUUUGUUGCUAACAAUCUAGAACUAGCUAACUCUAACUCUCGCCUAUAUUUAUUGUAUAAUCGUGAUAUACAUCAAUACGUAUUUUUUCAGGUGUUCCUGCAUACUUUGAAUAAUCAAAACCAGAAUAUUGGUUCAUUUUUAAACUUUA